AUGAAGUCUUCCAUGAUGAAAUCCGCAGUUGCUGCCUUGGCACUAUGCAGCAAUGCUGUCCUCGGCGCUCUUACUGCAGAGCAAAUUGUCGAUAACAUCAAUACCUUGGCACUCAAGUCUCAGGACCUCCAAGAGCCGGCGACUUCCAUCACCGCCGUGAAUGGACCCCUCCUCGCUGUCGGCCAAGGUCCCAUUCCACAAGUUAUCAACGGAUUCAGGGAUAUCAUUCAAACAGCAACCGAUGACUUUUCUGACAUGAAAGGUACUGCGGCGAUCACUGAAGCCGCUGAUCAAGACUCUAUCUACGACGCAUUUCGCGACUUCGUACGUGCUCAUCAGGAGGUUCUCAACACUCUUACCGGCAAAGCUGCUCUAUUCUCAACUGUUCCAUUCAUUGGUCAACCGCUCGCCGCGGUCUUGCGACAGGACGAGUCUGUUCUUGAUACGUUGACGUUCAGCCUGAUUGACUUGAUCCAGUCACGCGCAGCAGAUAUUGACAGUCAGGGUCAAAACUUGAGCAAGACGGUCGCCACUUGCAUCGAUGCGUAUUCGGGUCUCUAA